UAUGAUAUCAUAUUAAUACUCGAUUUAGGUCGUUCUCUGUAACUUCUCUUCUACCAGUUACUUUUUCUCUCUAAAAGGUCAAUAAAUAUGAGCCGCUUGGAUAAUAAGACUAUUCUUAUCACUGGUGCUUCUUCUGGUAUUGGUAAGAGCACAGCCUAUGAAUUCGCAAAGGUUGCCAAGGUCAGGUUGAUUUUAGGUGCUCGUCGUCUUCCUGCUAUUGAGGAAAUUGCUAAGGAUUUAACUUCGAAAUAUGGUGUUUCUGUUCUUCCUGUGAAAUUGGAUGUAUCCGAUUUGGAAUCGAUUCCUAAAGUCGUCGAAAACUUACCCCAAGAAUUCGCCGAUAUUGAUGUCUUGGUGAACAAUGCCGGUUUUGCCGUCGGUGUUGACAGGGUUCAAGAUCUAAAAAUGGAUGACGCCGUUCGUAUGGUAACUACCAACGUUCUUGGUUUGAUGGCUAUGACUCGUGCUGUUCUACCCCUCUACUACAAGAAGGGUAAGGGUGACAUCGUUAACGUCGGCAGUAUCGCCGGUAGAGAGUCGUAUCCUGGAGGUUCUGUCUAUUGCUCGACAAAAUCUGCUGUUGCUCAAUUCACUUCUGCAUUGCGCAAGGAAACCAUUGAUACCGGUGUCCGUGUUAUGGAAGUCGAUCCUGGUCAAGUCGAAACUGAGUUCAGUAUGGUCCGCUAUUCUGGUGACCAUGAAAAAGCCGGCAAUGUUUAUAAAGGUUAUGAGCCCUUGAUCCCAGAAGACAUUGCCGAGGUCAUUGUGUUUGCUGUUUCCCGCCGUCCUAACGUAGUCAUCGCAGACACCUUGAUAUUCCCUAACCAGCAAGCUGGCGCCUAUCAUCUUUACAAACAAACUUAGAUUUGCUCAACUCUUUUUUUUUUAUUAUAUUUGCUUAUUCUAUCUAUCUUUAGUAAACGACCUCCUUAUUUUGACCUUAAUAAUAACAUAAUUUCACAAGUAUAUAUUUUCGAUAAAUAAUAAUUUAUAGAAGUUAGAAAUAAAAACAAACAAAGUCCUCACAUCA